AUGUCUGAUGGUAAGAAAACGCCCAAUAGGUUGAGCACACCGAAGAUUACUAAUGAUUCAAAGACACCAACGGAUAAAAACGCUAAAAUUAGUGAAAAAUUAAACGAAACCAAAACACCUAGAAUACCAUUAUUUACGUUUGCUAAAGGCAAAAGCCAUUCAAGGCCGUCAACUCCAACUCAUAAGACACGCACUUUGUCGAAAGAAGCAAAGACAACCCCACGUAAAAUGCAUCAAGAAACAAAAUCUUCACCAUUGAGAAAGGAUGCAAACAACUCUUCUUCUCACUCAAGUCUAGGGAAAGUAAGCAAUAGCAAAUUACUCUUCCUUCUUCGAUCCAAGACGUCAUUGGGGAGAAUUGAAUCAAACAAUAGCACAACCGCAAGUGCUAAGACACAAGCAACUAUUGACCAAGCGCCUUUACUCCCACAUGCGAUACAACAAACUCCAAACUUAAACACUAAACCUGAACAUACUAUAAUACCGAUAUCAAAAACCCGAAACAAUAACUCAUUCUUAUCAGGAGUCAAAAGUUUAUUAAAUAAAGGACAGAUACGUGACCAUUCUGAUGGGGUUCUGAGCAAAAAUAUGAUAAAUAUGCCAUGUGUUUUUGAGAAAUCACUUAAGGAGAAAACCACGAUCGCAAGCGCAACACCGGCAUCCUAUAAAGAAAAUAAGACUAUUGAGUCUGAUAAACUGGAAGGGGGGAAUGAGACUGUAAACUUAAUUCAAAAGGCGCCUCUUUCCGUUGUUUUACCAGCACCAAAUGUUGAUGACAGUGAUACAUUUCGAAUAUUGGGAAACAAGGAGCCAAAGAAUUCUGCAAGUACAAAACCAAAUAUCACACUUCAAGAUGCUUCCGGAACUGAGAAAAGUAAUAGAGAGUCCGCCACUAAACAUUUGAAAACGAAUUUUAAGAAACCCGAAACUGGUGACACACCUAAUGCUCCUCCACCCAAAUUCGACACAUCAGACUCAACGCGUAAUCAAACGCCAAAGAUAUCUUAUCCAUCUUUGAAAAAAUUCAACACUGGCGAAGAUAAAUCGGUAUCAACCACUGAGAUAAUAACAGUACCUUCGUUGGCUGAGUUUGUAUUUUCCGCACGAGAAAUGAAAGAGGAUGCCGAUCUAAGGCGGAUGGAGAUUUUAAAGUCACCGCAUUCAUCUAAAAAACCACCUGAAAAACCUCUUGGACUAAAGGACAACCAAGAUGUGUCAACCGAGGAUGAGGUCUCUGACUAUACCGCCUCUCCCAGUAAAAGUGAAAGCGAUAGAAGUGGAAAUAAUGCCAAAGCACCAUUUAGUGCUGGACCUGAAAUUGCAGAAAAUAAAAAUGAUAUAAACGGUUCCGAAACCAACGGGAAUGACAAAACUAAAGAAGUUAAAAUUAAACGCCCCGAAACCAAAAUCACCGAAGCAUAUAUGAAUAAAGCUAGUAUUAACGAAGCAGUCGAAACGAUCAGGCAAAUAACGCACAAAGGACCAAUAAAUAGUGGAAAAACUGUAUUUCAGAGCUCCCAAAAGAUCGAAACAGAUCCUCUUCAGAAGGCUUUUCAAACAAAUUCAACAAUUGAAAUUUCAAGCUUCAAUUCAUCAAAAAGAGCUCGGGUGGAGGAUCUGCUGAAUCCCUCGAAAAAGAACAAACUUAAUAAGGAAUCAUUCUCAAAUACACCAAAAGGUACAGCGAACCCCUCCGUGCAUCCAGAAACCCAGUUAGCUAUCAAAGAUGCCUCGAACACAAAAGAAAUAAUAAAUGUAAUUGAUACUGGCAAACAAGAUAUUUUGGUUAGCUCACCUCAAAGCGACGCUCUCCGUUCUACACAAACAAUUAUACAGAGAGACAACUUACAAAAAAAUGUACGAGAUCCUUCUCAGGCCGAAUAUACUUCUGCCAAAUCUUCAGUAGCCAUCAAGAAGCGGGAUAAUUCAAAAAGCCCACCUCCGGCACAUAAUAAUAAAGAACCAGCAAAGAAGAAGUGGAGUAGUGUCCUAGACGAAGAAGGUGUCCCUGAGGCUGUCGAAAGUCGUUCGUUAUUGAAUUUGUUUUCAAACGUAUUCAAGACUUCCCUUCAUAGUAAAAAUAAAUCUCCGAUUGGAAAUGCUUUACAUAUGUUAGGGCAAAAGCCUAGUGCUCCGGAAGUUGCUGUUACCACGGAAUCGCUGGGAAACAAAUCUGAUGAUAUGCCACUAUCCCAACCAGUUAACGGAAGUAAGCCUGAGUAUACGAAUGAUCCUCAAACCUCUUUAUCCCAACCCACUGGAGCUGGCGAAGCCGUUGCUCAAUCUAUUAAAAGUUCUUUACUAGAUUUGGCAAAGGAUAAGCAAAUUAUGGAAGAGAAGUUCAAUCGCGGAAGAACGGAUACGGGAAUAUCUCACCCUGCAAAAAUGGAGCUUAUUUACAUAUCUGACCCCGACAAGAGGUAUUCAGAGAAUGAUAGUUCAAGCGAUUUGGAGAGCUUAAGUUCUCGCGAAUCAGACGAAAUCAAAGUAGUAAAAGAUAUCGAUACAAGCACUGGAAAGAACCAAAAUCAAACAUGGUCUGACCCUGAAUUAGAGUGGCGAAGAUCUGAACGUGAAUUAACCAAAAACAUACUUCGAAGUCUAGAUGAUAAUACAAAAUACGAUAAGAAAACAAUGUGUAUCCUUAUCGAGCAAGGUAUUCCAAGGCACAGCCACCUAAGCAAUAAUCCAUUGACAAGUGUGACUAAUAACAUCUGCUCUGUUGAAAACUAUGAAACGUCAAACGCAUUUUUCUAUCAACAAGUUCACAAGAGAGAUAGAUUACAGUACUUACCAUUAUAUGAGGCUUCAACAUUAGAAGAAUCUGAUGUUGUUAAAAGGGAAGAUUCGGUCAACAAAAAUACCAGAACAGAAGGAAAAAAUUCAGAACAGAGUCUUACUCCGACAAAAACUUUUCAAACACCAACCAUAUCAUCUCCAUUAGGCUUUGAAAUAAUAAACGCACCUAUAAACAAAAAUGGCACGAUCACCAAAGAGACUGGCGUGACUACCCACCACGAUAUUAGUCACAGUAAAGCCAAGAAUAACAAAGAGAACCUAUCGAAAGAUUUUUGGAGACAAGAGUGGUUAGCAAAUCUGAAACUCAUUUCGGUCUCACUUGUGGAUGAAUUUCCUUCAAAAACUCCCAAGAGUGAGAGACAGACAAUUAACGAAAACAUGGAAAGGCUCAAAGAGAUAUUUGUUAGGAAGUUUGGUUCAAAAAUUUCCAAGGUUUUAACUGAGAGCGACAUCGUUAUAUUGAAAGGCGAGAUAGAGGAUUUUCCAAUAGAUUCUAGAGUCAGAUCUUUUUAUAAUGAUACACAAAACAAGCCUGGGACGAAAAAAACCAGGUUUUGGUCAUACAAGAAAACUCUAAGAUUCGUUGUCAACAUGGGAAUUCAUAUACAUAUGCCACAGAAGCCUAUUUCCAAACUGGCAUUGGUCAAACCACAAGAAGUCGUACCGCAGCAAAUAAUAGAUGCCAAACUUAAACCAAACGAUAAAAAAUCACAACCGACAAAGGAACUGUCAUCGAUUAAACAUGUAGCUGCACCACCGCCAGCAGCUUCAAAGCCUGUAAGGCAGCAGCAAAAGAUAGCCAAUAAGGAGAGGCUACCAGAAAAAGAGCAGAUCGACGGCAAAAACGAGGAAAGAAAAAAGGUCGUUGAAAAUGGUGAGGUCGAGCCGCAAAACAUACCCCUAUCCCACUUGAAUGCGGUAUCUUCUGGCUAUGCUAAUCUUGACAAAAAUGUUGCAACUGCUGAAGAUCAACCAGAUACUCAAUCCGAAAUUAUCACGGAUAAGAACACAACAGACAUUUUUAGCAGUGUUGAUGUUUUGAAAACACAGUCAGUAAUCUGCUCACAACCAGCAAAUAUAUACACAUCAACUCAAAAAACAGAAUAUGAAACCAAAAACCAAGACAAUGAUAUCGAAAAAUUGGAAGGAGAACAUAUGGAUGACGACGGCCUUUCCUUUGUUGAUAACCUUUUGUCGAGAACAGAGUUAAUUUUGGACGAAAAGGAAAAACAGCUGGUCGCAGCAAAUGAAAUCAUCCAGUCUUUGUCAAGUGUAAUUAUGAGAGAUGAAAUCAAAAUAACGUCACUUAGAGGAGACCUCAACUUUACAAAAAAAUCUCUCCAGGAUGCCAAAAGUCAGAUUUCUGAGAAAGAUGCUAGGAUUCAAAAGUUAAUGCUAAGAGUUUUUAAAAAAAGGAGAGGAUGA